AAUAACUUAGUUUACGGGAGAACUGCUGAAGAGUGCAUGUAUAAAAUUACGGAGUUUUUAUAGUUUUUUUUUAGAAUAUACGUGUUUAUAGAAGAUUGAAAAAUGAUUGGCAGUGACUAUACUUUGGAACUGUGCAAUGUGUUUCAUUCUGGACAAGUGGAGCCUGGAAACUUCUUCCAGAGACUGACUGGCGGCGUGAAGACUGGCAUCAUUCUGAAGGACGUCUCCAUGCUCACACACAGCGGAGAAGUUACUGCUAUACUCGGCUCUAAGGGUAGCGGCAAACGCGCUCUCCUCGAUGUGAUCGCGCGCCGCGUGCCUUGCAAGGGACACAUACUUCUAGAAGGAGUGCCUUUGGAAGAGGAUCAGUUCAGGAACACGUGUGCUCUCGUCAGACACUCCACAAAACUCCUGCCGGGUCUGAGCGUGCAACAGACAUUAUCACUGUCACUUACAAAGAUCUCGGGUUAUUUAAAAUCGUCUAAAGUGAAACAAGUUAUGGCAGAUUUGGCAUUAUCUCAGGUGGCACACAAAUGCGUUACCAAUCUAACGAAAAGCGAAUAUCGAAGAUUAGUAAUUGGAGUACAAUUGAUACGUGAUCCAAUAAUACUGUUGUUAGACGAACCGACGUGGGAUUUAGACCCUUUAAACACCUACUUGGUUAUCUCCAUAUUAUCGAAUGCGGCUAAAAAAUAUGGAACUACAAUUAUACUUACUAUGGAAAAGCCCAGAUCUGACGUGUUCCCAUUCCUGGACCGCGUGGUAUACCUCUGUUUAGGCGAUGUUGUGUACGCCGGACCUACCAGGAACCUGCUGGACUAUUUUGGUAGCAUCGGCUUUCCCUGUCCUCAGCUGGAGAACCCACUAAUGUAUUAUUUAUGCCUAUCAACGGUGGACAGGAGAUCUCGUGAGCGAUUUAUCGAAUCCAACCACCAGAUAGCAGCACUGGUGGAGAAGUUCAGACUGGAGGGGCAGGGCAUCAUGCAGUCGGCCGCCACCGAGCACAGUCGCAUCGUCAACCCCAACAAGAUGCAGAUGAACUACGGCAAGCCCAGCGGACUUAGGGUCAUAUGGAUGUUGUAUUUGAGAAUCCUUGCUUCUAUUUUCAAUUUCAAGAAAAAUGGUUUUAAGCAGAUGACAAUGCGGCUUAUCUCGCUGCCUAUUUAUUUCUUUAUAUUACGGAUAUUCUACAAUGAAGCUCAGGAUUUCCAAAGAGCAUUCAUAACAAAGAGUGGAUUAAUUUUCAAUGCGAUGGUGGGCACGUACUUCAUUAGUAUCAUGAACACAAUCUGUCUUUAUGGUCCAUACCGAACUCGAUAUUAUCAGGAAUCACAAGAAGGUUUAUACAGUGGUGCUAGUCUUCUCUUAUCAUGGAAUCUGGUUUCUCUGCCGUUCUCAUUGAUUACAACAUUCGCCUCAUCCGCUAUAAUUUAUCCGAUCUUAGGUGACAUAUCAGAGAGCGUGGAUUACCUGUACUUCUCGAUGGCGCUGUGGUCAUGCUACAUCUACGCGGAACAGCAAGCUAUCGGCGUCAUGAUGUUUGUUAAGAACGGACUCAUCGCCGCCAUAUUUAAUAUUUACAUUACUUGCAUCUAUAUCAUGCUCGCAAGUGGAGUUCUCAGGUCGUACAAAGGUUUCGAGGAAUGGCUGUACUACUUGACUUAUGUGACCCACACUCGUUAUGCAUCUCUUUUCAUGCAUAGAAGUAUAUUCAAACAGCCGACCUUCAAUAUAUUACCUUAUAGUAUCAACGAGAAUUGCACCGCGAUCACAAACUUGAUCCAGACAUCGUCAAAUCUAAACACCAAUUCAAACUCUAACUGUAGAUAUGCUAACGGCAAAGCGUUUUUAACAGAACGUUUUACAUCCAAACAAUUCACUGGUGAUAUUUACCUAACUGGGGAAUUCAAUCCGGAAUUUAAUAUAGGGAUAUCGUUUGCAUUCUCAGUUGGUAUAAUGAUUUUCAACAAAUUUUUAUAUUUAAUACCAUUACCUGGUUAUAUCACUGAUAAGUUUAGGGAAUAAAAUUUAUUAUGACUGAGAUUUUAAUAAAAAAAAAAAAUUUAAUGACGAUAUCGUUUUUUGUAUAAUUGUUAUACUAGUUAACACAUUAAACCCGUAUGUUAAACUAUAUAAAAAAAGUCCAAUGACACUAAAAAUUUAAAUCGAAAAUGAUCCAGCCAAUUAUGUGUAGUUUUUAAUGUUUUAUUUAUAAGUU